AUUUGUCUUAUUAUGUUUUGUAAAGUUUUAUAAUUCACGGUUUAACAAGUUGAUUGAUUUGUAAAUAAAAUAUAUAUUUAUAUAUUUCAACUUAAAGAAAUGCAAGAUUUUCAAUCAAAACGAGAUGCAUUAUUUGCCUCGCUUGACAAUGCAAGCUUGGAAUUAAAGGGCACUGCAUUGGAUCAAGCAAAUGCAAAUCAGUACACAAUAAAUUAUUUAAAACGUACGACAGAAAAUAAAACGGAUUUAUGCUAUCGUGAUGGUAAAACUGUUUCAAAUCUAGAAAGGAAUAAAACUCUUAAAAAUUUGCAAGGAAAAGAAAGUAUUUUUAAGAGACCCGAAAAACCUAUUGGACGUUGCCUUAAACCACGUAAAACACCUGAUUAUCAGAUAAACCCACAUAAAUGGAAGAAAUAUUCGCUUGCCGAUGUGGAUAUAUCAGAUAAUACAAAUACUAGUGCAGCAUUUGCUUUCUUAAAACAAAUCGAUGAACACCGUGAAGCAAAUGAAUUAACAGAUCAGGACGAUACCACAUCCAAAAAAAUUGAGUUCAAGAAAUCUGCCAAAAUACGUCAAAAAUUAAAAUCCAUUGAGUCACAAGAAGUUGCAGAUGUUGAGAUUGAUAAACCGAAACUAAAAGGUUCUAAAGUUGUGAUGCCUGAAUAUGUUAUUGGACAGAAGAAAGAAAAAAGAAAAGCAAACAAUACUCAAAAUCAGCACCGUGCGGCUGGGUCUUUAACUUUAGCACAUCUACAAGAUGCCGAUGACGAAAUUGAAGAGCUAUAAGUAGAUUUAAGUGCUGGUCUAAAGUUUAAGCAAUUUAGUACAUAGAAUUAGAAAUAUAUUAGAGCAUUAUUUUAUUGUGAAGAUAAUUUUGAGAUAAUACAUAAAUACAUACUACUCAUAGAAAUACAUUUCAAUUGUUUUUAUUGUGUCCACAAGAAACAGUGUAUAACUGACGCUAUGUAAUUGUCUUAUGAAAAUAUUUUAACUAUCUUUUAUGGAAAAGAAUUUAUAUAGAAAUCGCACUGCGCUCGAAUUCUCUCUGUACAAAAUUGUGUGCUUACUUAUGCAUCAAAAUUUAAAAAUUGAUUUUAAGUCAU